AGGAGCGGCGAGCUAGCGGACGCAAAGACUGGGCAUGCUCGGCGGCGGCGCAGGUUUUGGUCACAAGUAGGAAGAAGCCAGUGCAUCAGACCGGCAAAGAGAAGCGGGAGCCAGCGCGGCCGUGGGGUCCACCGCCGCCGCAUCGGAGCGGGAGGAGGAGCAGCGGGGAGCCGGCCAGGGCGAGGCCGCCGGGCCGAGAGCCGUCCCGCCUGCUCUCGGUCUUCUGCCUUGGCGUCCGCGCGGUGCGUCGGACCCAGGGUCUGUCACCUGGGCGCCAGGGGCCGCCGCCGGGGAGCCGGAGCGGGCAGGACCCUCCCUCCGCCGACUGCGGCCCGAGAGCGCCCCCGCGGGGUGGAGCGGCAGCCGCCUUUUGCGGGCGGCUGAGUGUCCGUCUCGCGCCCGGAGCGGGCGACCGCCGUCAGCCCCGAGGAGGAGUAGGAGGGGGCGGCCAUGGGGCUGCUGUCCCAGGGCUCGCCGCUGAGCUGGGAGGAAACCAAGCGCCAUGCCGACCACGUGCGGCGGCACGGGAUCCUCCAGUUCCUGCACAUCUACCACGCUGUCAAGGACCGGCACAAGGACGUUCUCAAGUGGGGCGAUGAGGUGGAAUACAUGUUGGUAUCUUUUGAUCAUGAAAAUAAAAAAGUCCGGUUGGUCCUGUCUGGGGAGAAAGUUCUUGAAACUCUGCAAGAGAAGGGGGAAAGGACAAACCCAAACCAUCCUACCCUUUGGAGACCAGAGUAUGGGAGUUACAUGAUUGAAGGGACACCGGGACAGCCCUACGGAGGAACAAUGUCCGAGUUCAACACAGUUGAGGCCAACAUGCGAAAACGCCGGAAGGAGGCUACUUCUAUAUUAGAAGAAAAUCAGGCUCUUUGCACAAUAACUUCAUUUCCCAGAUUAGGCUGUCCUGGGUUCACACUGCCCGAGGUCAAACCCAACCCAGUGGAAGGAGGAGCUUCCAAGUCCCUCUUCUUUCCAGAUGAAGCAAUAAACAAGCACCCUCGCUUCAGUACCUUAACAAGAAAUAUCCGACAUAGGAGAGGAGAAAAGGUUGUCAUCAAUGUACCAAUAUUUAAGGACAAGAAUACACCAUCUCCAUUUAUAGAAACAUUUCCUGAGGAUGAUGAAGCUUCAAGGGCUUCUAAGCCGGAUCAUAUUUACAUGGAUGCCAUGGGAUUUGGAAUGGGCAAUUGCUGUCUCCAGGUGACAUUCCAAGCCUGCAGUAUAUCUGAGGCCAGAUACCUUUAUGAUCAGUUGGCUACUAUCUGUCCAAUUGUUAUGGCUUUGAGUGCUGCAUCUCCCUUUUACCGAGGCUAUGUGUCAGACAUUGAUUGUCGCUGGGGAGUGAUUUCUGCAUCUGUAGAUGAUAGAACUCGGGAGGAGCGAGGACUGGAGCCAUUGAAGAACAAUAACUAUAGGAUCAGUAAAUCCCGGUAUGACUCAAUAGACAGCUAUUUAUCUAAGUGUGGUGAGAAAUAUAAUGACAUCGACUUGACAAUAGAUAAAGAGAUCUACGAACAGCUGUUGCAGGAAGGCAUUGAUCAUCUCCUGGCCCAGCAUGUUGCUCAUCUCUUUAUUAGAGACCCACUGACACUGUUUGAAGAGAAAAUACACCUGGAUGAUGCUAAUGAGUCUGACCAUUUUGAGAAUAUUCAGUCCACAAAUUGGCAGACAAUGAGAUUUAAGCCCCCUCCUCCAAACUCAGACAUUGGAUGGAGAGUAGAAUUUCGACCCAUGGAGGUGCAAUUAACAGACUUUGAGAACUCUGCCUAUGUGGUGUUUGUGGUACUGCUCACCAGAGUGAUCCUUUCCUACAAAUUGGAUUUUCUCAUUCCACUGUCAAAGGUUGAUGAGAACAUGAAGGUAGCACAGAAAAGAGAUGCUGUCUUGCAGGGAAUGUUUUAUUUCAGGAAAGAUAUUUGCAAAGGUGGCAACGCAGUGGUGGAUGGUUGUGGCAAGGCCCAGAACAGCAUGGAGCUCGCUGCAGAGGAGUACACCCUCAUGAGCAUAGACACCAUCAUUAAUGGGAAGGAAGGUGUGUUUCCUGGACUGAUCCCAAUUCUGAACUCUUACCUUGAAAACAUGGAAGUGGAUGUGGACACCAGAUGUAGUAUUCUAAAUUACCUAAAGCUAAUUAAGAAGAGAGCAUCUGGAGAACUAAUGACAGUUGCCAGAUGGAUGAGGGAGUUUAUCGCAAACCAUCCUGACUACAAGCAAGACAGUGUCAUAACUGAUAAAAUGAAUUAUAGCCUUAUUUUGAAGUGUAACCAAAUUGCAAAUGAAUUAUGUGAAUGCCCAGAGUUACUUGGAUCAGCAUUUAGGAAAGUAAAAUAUAGUGGAAAUAAAACUGACUCAUCCAACUAGAUGUUCUACAGGAAAGAAAAAUGCGUUACUAUUUUAUUGACGAACUGGCUACAGUACCAUGCCUCUCAGCCCAUGUGUAUGAUAUGAAGACUAAUGUUAGAACUGUACUGUUUUCUGGGCCAGUGAGCCGGAAAUUGAUUAAGGCUUUCUUUGGUAGGUAAAUCUAGAGUUUAUACAGUGUACAUGUACAUAGUAAAGUAUUUUUGAUUAACAAUGUAUUUUAAUAACAUAUCUAAAGUCAUCGUGAACUGGCUUGUACAUUUUUAAAUUCUUACUCUGGAGCAACCUACUGUCUAAGCAGUUUUGUAAAUGUAAUGUACUGGUAAUUGUACAAUACUUGCAUUCCAGAGUUAAAAUGUUUACUGUAAAUUUUUGUUCUUUUAAAGACUACCUGGGACCUGAUUUGUUGAAAUUUUUCUCUUUAAAAACACUUUCUCUCAUUAAUUUUCCUUUGUCAUUUCCUUUGUUGUGUACAUUAAAUCACUUGAAUCCAUUGAAAGUGUUUCAAGGGUAAUCUUGGGUUUCUAGCACCUUAUCUAUGAUGUUUCUUUUGCAAUUGGAAUAAUCACUUGGUCACCUUGCCCCAAGCUUUCCCCUCUGAAUAAAUACCCAUUGAACUCUGA